UACGCUGAAAUUUUAAUUUUUUUUGUUGAUUUUUUGGAGAGUGGACAGCGCUCAGGGCUGCACCGCUUAUCGAUUGCCGAUAACCGCGAACACACGUCCGCAUUUCCCAGUGCCUCAGAAAAAAACUAAAAAUUGCAACGCGAACACGUUUUUCUGCUGCUCUUCAAAAGAUACAAAGAUAAUUUUCUGCGAAGGGAUUAUUGGUUUACUGUCAGUUUUUCACAAUAAAAGAAGACAAAUCUCGCAUUUUCUGGUGCCUGCGGUUGGAAUUUGAACAUCUUCGUUUCGAGAGUGAAUUAUACUUUUCUGAUGGAAUUACGUAAUCAGUGGAAAUUUAGUAUCCAUUAAGUCACGCACACCAACAAAGACGAGCGUCGCCACACGCACGCACGUACCAAUACACACACACGCGGGCGCGUAUGGUCAUACCAGCACGUGUGGGAGAGAGACGGCAAUAGGACGUAGAGCGUUGCCAGACCACACGCACGGAAAACAAAGGAAAAUGCCUCGCAUAGUGCCAUUGCAAUUGCUGAGGUGCCUGCGGGUGCUCUUGGACAACAAUGGUGGCAUUUUGAGUGCAGCCGAGGUGAAACGCAUUUCGGGACUGAUGGCCAAGUAUUCAAAAAAACUCGUUUCGAAAUGUGUCUAUGUACAAAUAUUGAAAUCUACCAAAACGGAACUGCUGGGCGACUUUAUGGCCGUGGGCGGUUGGUCGCUGGUCUACACCUGGCUGAACGACGCCAUCCGGGCGAUGAACUGGCCGCUGGUGCAGGAGAUCCUGGAGCUGCUGCUCCUUUCGCCCGUGGACGUCAAUCGGCUGAAGAUCAACUCGGCGCCCAUUUUGGUCAAGGGUCUGUGCAAGGAUGGCGGCAACGAAGGUGUACGCAUUCUGGCCAAGCGUUUGGUUGAGCAGUGGCUGAAGAUUGUGACUGAGAACACCAGCGUGAUGGUCCAGCCUGCUGCGCCACAGAUUGUGGCUCCGGUAGCCUCUGUUCCCGCUCCAGCUGCCGCUGUAGUUCCGGAUUCGGCCUCCUCGUCGGACAGCACGGACAGUGCCGGCGCACCCGUGACGUAUACCAUCACCUCUGCGGCCAACAGCAGCAACUCCAACAGCAUAACCAUCAAGUGGAAGUCGUUGGUGGACAAGCCCGAUGAGGAGACCGAUUCUACGGCAGCAGCCCAGAAGGAGGAGCUCCUGGAAGACGAGUCCUCCGCAACGGCGGCGCAAGCAUCCACCGAUGUUAGUCUGGGCAAAAGGUCCAGUUUAGAUGAUAGUUGUUCGGCGGCGGAGGUUAAGUCCGGGGAGGACGUUGAUAAUAAGAAGCAUAAGAGCGCCAAGAGCAGCGACAAGAGUAAAAGGUCCGAGAAGGAGCGCGAGAAGGAUAGGAAGAAGGAGAGUUCCUCGAGUCACAGGUCCUCCUCAUCUAGCCAUAAGUCGUCGUCGUCUUCGUCAUCCUCCUCCUCUUCGAAGAGUGGCUCCUCCAAGAGCUCCUCCUCCUCCUCGUCCUCUUCCUCCUCCUCCUCCCAUCGCAGUUCCAGCGAUAAGCACCGCGACAAGGACAAAGACAAGGCUCGCUCCAGUUCGGGUUCCUCCAGUUCGAGCAAGGACCGCGAGCGCAGCAGCGGUUCGUCCUCCUCCUCCUCGAAUAAACACAAGUCAAAGUCCUCCUCCUCAUCGUCGUCGUCCUCGAACUCUAGUUCUAGUUCGUCUAAAGAUCGCAAAUCGUCGUCUUCGUCUUCUUCGUCAUCCUCCUCCUCAUCCAAGCAGGAGAAGGACAAAGACAACAAGCUAAUGCCUCCGCCAGCAGUGGCUCCUACUACUGCCACCACUUCCCCAUCUCCCACUGAGGCACAGAAGCCCAGAUCCAUACCCAUCAUGUCCAGAAAGGCCUCCAUUUCGAUAGAGAUUCGAAGGGACACGGAAAAGACGGCGACGGUGAAGACGUACCAGUCGAAAUUCCGAUCGCAUGGUUUGACGGAAGAGGCGCCGCCCCCGCCAUCGCGAAAGGGUCUCAAGAAACCCACGUCGUCGUCGACGACGGUUUCGGGUGCCACGCCUCCUGCCCUGCUAGCUGUACCGCCUCCAAUGAAGCGCCCGUCGCCGCCGCCCCGGGAUUCGCCCACCGAGAAGAAGGCCAAGAUCGAUAUGAACAGCAUCGCGGGACAUGUGGAGCGGCCUGGAGCCGCCAAGCUGAUAGCGCCCAAAAAAAUUACAACCCUGGUGGAGACCAAUCUGUUCUCGGACGCCCUGGCCGCCUCCAUCGAACCGAAGAAGGUGGUGAAGCGCAAGCGACCCAAUUCCGCCACAUCGCCCACGUCCAAGGAUGCACCGUUGGCGCCUCUAAAGUUCUACCAGGACACGCUAGACGAGUCAAAGUCGGAGGAGAAGUCGGACGACAGCAGCAAGGAGAACGACGACGCCCGCUCAGCAUCGCCUGGCAAGGACACGGAUGCCGAUGACGAUGAUAUUCCGCUGAAGCGGGUCAAGGAGGACAUCGAACAGAAGGUGCAGAAGGAGAAGGCGGCGGCGGGAGAAGCCAGCGAAGCGGGAAACACCUCCGAUACGGCGGAGGAUCUGCCGGAGGAGCCAAAGAAACCCGGUCCCGGCUGCGGACCCGACGGACCACCUGGCGUCCUAAUGCUCCAUCGCCGCAAGGGGCCGAAGAAGAAGCUCACCUGGCAGCCGGAGGAUAAACUUACCCAGAUCCGCUACUUCGAGGUCGAUCGAUCGGAGCGCGUGAAUGUGAUGAAGCAGACGUUCCUGGAGAUGAAGAACCUGGAGCGUUUCAGCGAACGGGAUGCUCUGACCAUCGCUCGGCGUGGAUUCGAUGACACCAUGGAGCCGCAAAUGGAGUGGCGUCCUCUGAUCGAAGUGGACAAUGUGCCCGACCAUCCGAACGGCAAUCUCUCCAAGCAGCGACAGGUGCAAAUGGACAGGGAGGCCACCACUCUACGUGCUCUCUACUUCUCACCCGACAUGAUUCCCGACAGCGCCGCGGAGGCGGAACUGGAGCCGCACUUUGCCCACGACAUUCCCGUGAUUCCCAUGGAUGAUUUGACCGGAAAUCCAGAUGCUGUCAAUGAUUAUAGUACGUUGGCCUGGCCCGAGCCCAAGGGAUAUGCACCCAGCGCGGGAUUAGGAGCGAGUAAUGGCGGAUCCGACAUGGGAUUCGGCGACAACAUGAUGCAGGGACUGGGAGGCGCUCCCAAUAUGAUGCAGAAUCCCUUUGAUCCCUUCAUGGGACGACUGCCGGCUCCACAGGGCAUGCCGCCGGGACCCGGACCCCCGCAAAUCUGGCAGAAUCAAAUGGGCCCCGGUGGUCCCCCGCCCAUGAUGAGCGGUCCACCUGGCAUGGACAUGGGCGGCAUGAACAACAUGCCGCCGCCGCCGCAGAACUUUAUGGGCAACCAGUUUGGCAGUCCAGUGCCGCCAUUCGGAGGCGGUCCGCCGCCCUUCAAUCAAUACCCACCAAUGAUGAUGAAUGGCCCGGGACCGGGACCACCCGGCAUGGGACCCAAUGGCCCAGUGAUGGGACCCAAUGGUCCCAUGAUGAACGGGCCGCCGAUGAUGAAUGGACCGCCGAAUGGAAUGGGACCUGGUGGACCCAUGCAAAACGGCGGAGGACCAAGGAACAACAAUAAUAAUAGAAACAAAAAUAAUGGAGGCAACUGGCGCAGCGGGGGAAACAAUUUCCAGGACAACUCCGGCGGCAACUGGCGGUCAGCGGGAUCUGGCUCCAAUCGAGGAGGAGGAGGAGGAGGAGGCAACGGUGGAAACACCGGCAUCUGCAAGCAAUUCAUGCGGGGCCACUGCAACAUGGGCAAGAACUGCAAGUACGUGCAUCCACAGAAGAAGCGGUAGGACUUGCCCGAAUCUUCUGCGGAAGAUUCAGCUGUAUAGAUCUCAGACGCAAAGCACAAAGGAGAAAUCCCCCAUGAAGACUGUAGCCAGGUUAGCCGCUACGCUAGUUAGUUAAUCUAAGCGUGUAUAUAUAUGUAUUUGGUAUAGUUUCGUGUAGAGGCAGCGUAUCCCUAAGUUAUUUAGUCUAAGAUUUGGCAGCAUAUUGUUGCUGUGUACUUAUCUACCGAAGGCUCCAUUCGAAUUUUGUAUGCCCCUCUCGCUAACUUCUUUAUUAUUCGGAUUAUUCAUACAGUUACGUAUUUAUAAGUUUAUAACUAUACAAUUAAAGACCAAGUCAUAUGAUGAAA